GGCCAUUCCAAUUUUAGCAAUCAUUCCACGAAACCACAUUUUGCCGCUAUGGUACCUACCUACAUACAUGCAUGUCCGGAGUAGCGCCGGGGUUAAGAAGCUCAGCUUCCCACAGAAGCCCGUCGGCUCUUUCCAGCUCCUUCUCCGCCUCCACUUGUCAUUUUUUACCAGUCAUAAGUGGGUUAUUACAUCAGCCAUUCCCUCCACUGAGCAUCAAUCAGGCGUCAUUGUCUGCAUUGUACACAAUCUUUUUCUAUAAUAUAACUUGAACAAAUCGUCCAAUUUUAAUCGUCCUUUUUGUCGCUUUUCAUAACCGAUUUACCUGCGAAGCACGCAACAAUGUCCUUCACGAUUACUCUCCGUCAGGGACCUGCGCGCCUGGCAUCCAGGUUGCCAGAGAUCUCCAAAUCCUCUCUUCGAACCGUAGUUCCCGCCCGAGCUUUCCAUCAGUCCGCUACCAGAUCAUCCAACUUCUUCACAUCGCGAACGACGCUCGUAUCAGCGCUGUCGCGAACGACACCGAAAAAUGCAUUCACGAAAUCGUCAAGAACAUACAUACAACAACCUGCUGCCCCCGAGGCCGACUCUGGCUCGACGAUGCGACGAUUGCUAACUGGUGGCGCAAUCUUCGGCGGCACUCUCAUCGCAAUCAACGCCAUUUUCAACCGCGAGACUCGAGAGGAUGGCGGUAUGCCACCAUACGAGCGAUCCUACCUUAAUUCGACCUUCCUUCACACUGGCCUUGGUAUCGGCAUCAUCGGUAUCACGGCGCGGCAGAUGAUUCAGAGCGGUUUCGUUUACAGAAUAAUGGUAACGAACCCGUGGGUUGUGGCUAUUGGAGGUCUGGCUCUCAGCAUUGGCACUAUGCUCGGAACUCGAGCUAUCGAUCCUGAUAACUACGUCCCCAAGUACGCCCUUUGGGUCGCGUUCAAUGCUACCCAGGCUGCCUUCAUCGCCCCUCUUGUCGCUUUCUUACCCGGUCCUCUGAUCGCUCGUGCCGGCCUCUAUACUGUUGCGAUGAUGGGAUCUAUCUCGAUCGUGGGCGCUACCGCUAAGCAAGAGAAGUAUUUGUACAUCGGUGGCCCUCUCCUUGCCGGAGCUGCAAUCGUUGCUGUUUCGGGUCUUGCCCCGCUCGUCCUACCGGUCACGGCCGUCCGAUCACUAGCAAUUUCGGAGAGCAUUUGGCUGUACGGUGGUCUGGCAGUCUUUGGUGGCUUCACGCUAUACGAUGUGCAGAAGAUCCUCUACCACGCCCGCUUGGCUGAACAGGGUAUCAUCAAGAAGGACCCAGUCAACGAAAGCAUUUCGCUCGAGUUGGACUUCUUGAACAUUUUCGUCAGGAUGGUCCAGAUCUUAUUGAUGCAGCAGAAUCGCAGGAAGUAAUCGGAUGGUGAUUAGGAUAAGGACUUAUUAGUAGGGCAGGUUAUCAUGAUAAGAUGAAGAGAAGAGGUUAGGCUUAAGUGCUAGGCUUAAGUAUAAGGCUGAUAAUGCCCAGCUUAAUCUGGCUAUCAGAGGCAGAAUGGAAACUCUCCUCUCUCCUAGCAACGAAAGGAUUGUCUAGGACUAUACAUACAAAAUGUAUAAACUAGCAUAGCCAAAUAAAAAUAGUAAAAUAAUUGGGGAUAGUAUCAUGGGUGA